AUGGCGGACGCCGAAACCCUAUCCACGCCCCCCCGCGCCCGCCUCCGCCUCCACCAAGAAGAAGAAGAAGCACUCGAAGAAGCACAAGGCCACCUACGUAGCCCCCACCGAUGUCACCGUCGACGAAGCCCCACCAAUGUCACCGUCGACGCCUCCCUCACGGGCGGUUCCUCCUACCCACGCCGCGGCCGCCCCCGUGGUCGGCUACUUCCCUCCGGCUACGACCCCUCGCCGCCGCCGCCGCCGCCGCCGCAGGGCGGAGUCUUCCCCCGCACCCGGCUCUUCCGUCACGAGAAGCACCCCACCUGGGUGGACCUCGUGGUCCGGAGCCCCGGCGGCGGACCUGACUUCGUCGGCCGGAGCUAUGCCGGAGCCUCCGGCACCCUCAGGGUCGUUCCCAUUGCCGCCAAGAAGAUUCUGAGGCUAGAGCCACAUCUUGAAGUGCAGCGCCCAGCACAUUCGCAGCACUCUGAGGUGGCAUCAGAAGCUGCAGGAAAUGAUGAAUUGAAGGUUCAAGAUUUGACCAUGAUGUAUGGAACCAAGAUGGACAGGGACAAGGACAAUAAGUGGAGAUCGUUAAAUGAACAAAGGAAUGAUCCUUCUGCUUUUGAGGACAUUGACCUUGGAGGAUCAGAGACUGCUGCCAACACCAUUGAUAGUCAGGAACCAGUACUUACUCGGAACAUUCCACCUUAUGAUCCUACCGGUGAAGAUAAAGAGCGGUUUGCUUGGAUACUGUCCUACAUCCAACAUCUCCUAUCUUUAUUGGCACGGAAUGGCUCCAUGUCCAAGCGCCAACGGAAAGAGAGAAAUGAAAACCAGACAAACCGUGGACCAGCAACCCCGCAGGCUGUAUAUCGCAGGCUGUUGCUGAUGUUUACGGAACCAGGGUCCAGUGUCAUGUCAACAGAGAAAAAUGAGCUUCUGAUCAACUACAUAUUGGUCCUAACACUUUUUGCCGAUGACUUCAGAUCUAAUCCUAACGACAUAUGUGAGGACCUUAAAAUGACCCGCCAAAAGCUUAAACCAUAUUAUGACCAGUUGGGGUGCAAAUCUGUGUCAGAAGGUGCUUUUAAGGGCAGUGUCAUGACGCUUCCAGCCCCUCUCAAGUUUCCAAAGGAUGUUACGAGAAAGCGGCGACGGCAAUAG